UGUGGGCAAUAUGUGAAACAGUGGUGAACUAUCCGGUCGCAGACAUUAAUAAAUUAAAUAUGGUACGAUGAUAAGGUUCCAAUUUGAGAGGUGCAGUUUUGCUUUUUUUGUUCUAUAAACUCAAAGCACAGAUCCAGGAUCAAAACCUGUCGUCGUUGACUCGAGCAUCUGUGUAGAAAAGGGCUGAUCCCAGAGCUGUGACUGCCGUACCGGAAGUCGGUGCGCAGUUAAAAACAAAGUGGUGGUUUUCCUUGGAUAUAGUGUCCUGGUUGUCAUUUUAGGGGUCUUACGGUAAGAAACUCGCUGCCUCUAUCGGAAUUUGCGUCACUUUUUCUCCGGCGAUGUUUAAAAUUAGCAGCUUUAAUCACGAUUCUGUUCAUAAGUUAGCUUAGCUAGCUUGUUUGAGCACCGUAGCUAGCAUGCUAGCAUGUAGCCUAGCGGCGAAAGCAAGCUAGCCAAGACGGGCUUGGAUUGUACUUAUUAAAGCUGAUUUUGACUUAAGUGCCAUUUAGUUUCCAUGAAGCAUUCGCGUUCGGCGUUUAAUGCCAGCAACUGCGUCAAUAUUUAGUAAAACAAAACCAACAUAGAUAUCGUAAUCUCAGCCUAAUGAUGGGUACCGGGGUGGUCCAGCUCACCUCAACGUCCCACCACGAGCACAUCCUGGACUCCCUACACCACCUGAGGCUGCAGGGGCACUUCAGUGACGUCACCGUACAGGUGGAACACCAGGGAGACGUGCAGGUUUUCCAGGCGCACCAGGUGAUCCUCGCCGCCUCCAGUGGCUACUUCAAGAAUAUCCUGCUCUCCCAGGACGCUGCCAGGGACAACAUCCCACUUUCCAACAUGCAGCCCGGAGACUUUUCCACGUUUUUGGAAUUUGUCUACACGGGAAAAUUAGUGGUCACCCAGAGCAAGCUAGUGAAUAUCGAAGAGGUGGCGAGGCUUUUGGAUUGCAAGGAGCUCUUGAAGAUUUGCGGUGCCGCCAUCAGCGCCGGGCUCCUGCAGGAGCCAACCAGUUAUGGGUCCAACUCGGAUGCGGGAGAGACUCCAGCAGUAGAGUGUGCGGCUGCCAAAAGCAGCAGCAGGAAGAGACGCAAGCUCGCUCCAAAAAGCUCUGAGAAGCUUUCAAAAAGGUCAAAUACCAUGGAGACGGAUGGCGAGAAGGAAAGAUUGGGCGGCCAUGAGGUCGUCGAGGGCUGUGUAAAGACAAGCCAAGAGGCUUUGAAGGAAGCUAAUAAAGUGUCCGACGAGGAGGAAGCGGGAACUCCGACAGAAUCAGACGAGUCAUGGCCGCCAUCGCCUCCUGUGGACGUGGUCGACGUCGGACCUGAUGACGAGGGCUCGCUGAGUCUGUACCAUGGCGAGGAACCUUUACUAUCUACGGGGGAGGAGGACGAGGAGGAAGAGAACGGACUGCCAAAAAGGAAGCCUCGGUUCCUGUGCAACAGCUGCCACCGGACCUUCUUCUAUGAGAGAUGCUACAUGAAGCACGUCAGCACCUACCACGGAGUCAAAGCGGACCUGGUCUAUCGCUGCAAGACCUGUCUGCAAACCUUCUCCAACCGCAGCAACCUGAAGAUCCACGAGAAGCACGUCCACAGCACCGAGAGACAGUUCUCCUGCGACGUCUGCGCUAAGACCUUCAAGCGGAAGAAGGACGUGGUCCGCCACUACCAGCAGGUGCACGACCCCCAGUAUCACCAGUGUCCCGACUGCGGCAAGUCGCUCAGCUCCAAAGCGUCGCUGGAGCUGCACAAGAAGAUUCACAGUGGCGUCAAGCCCUUCGCCUGCAGCGAGUGCGGCGCCCGCUUCACCCAGAACUCCGCCCUCAAAAUGCACCAAAGGGUCCACACAGGAGAGAAGCCAUUUUACUGCGACAAGUGCGAUGCUCGCUUCUCCCAGAAAAGCAUGCUGGUGUAUCAUAAGCGCUCCCACACAGGCGAAAGACCCUUCAUGUGCGAGGCCUGCGGGAAGAGCUUUGCCUCCAAAGAAUACCUGAGGAACCAUUCCAACAUCCACACGGGCACCAAGCCAUUUAAGUGCGAGCAGUGCGGCCGCUGCUUCGCCCAGAGGAACUCGCUGCGGCAGCAUUUAACCAUACACACAGGCGAGCGUCCCUACGCCUGCACGUUCUGCAACAAGCAGUUCACGCAGCUGAACGCCCUGCAGAGGCACCAGCGCAUUCACACCGGGGAGAAGCCCUACAUGUGCGGAAUGUGCAGCCGCACAUUCUCUGACAAGUCCACGCUCCGCAGGCACACGGCGACUCAUGACUCCAGCGCUCCGUGGAAGAACUACCUGGUGGUCCUGGAGGGCAACGUGGAGAAGAGAGCCAAAGUUGCGAGUAAGGCGCCUACACAGGGGAAAAAGACCCCGGUUAGAAAAGGCGACUCCAGAGUGCAUAAAACCAACGCCGAAGCUGUGGUAGUGGCCGAGCCCGUUGCCCUCCCGUCUGAGUGGGCGGGGCACGAGGCCAUUGCCCUGGUCAGCCACGCCCACCUGGGCGGGAUCACCGUCAUUCACACUGAGGUGCCGCUCGGGACUCAGUUGCAGUCCGUGGUGACGCCGGACAACACAGAAGCCGGUGUUGUGGCCUCGGAUGGGUCGGCCGUUCCCGUCCCCUUGUCUGAGUCGGAGGCUUCCAUGUCAUCCGUCCUGGAAGCGGCCGCCUCUCUGGCCGUCUUGGCUCCAGUGUGUGAAGCCUCAGCCCGUGCGCGGGUGAUAGACCCUGACAUUCAGCCUGUGAUCGUGAACCACAAGAUAUGUGACGACGCGCAAAACACGGCAGACAAGCCUUUGGAUGACAUGAAAGGAGAAGUCAAGUCCUAGAAAAUACUGAAAAAAGCAUCGUUUUGGUUUGUCGUCGUGUUUGCUCUGUUCUCAUCGUUCAGACUGUGAUAGUAAACACAUAUUAGCUAUUUAACUAGCAGGUACUAGAAAUGUUCCACUUGCACAUGAAUAGAAAUAAAAGACAAAAGGUGGCUGUUUAGUGGAAGGUCUGGUCUGGUUAAUUAGGAUCUCCAUUUACAUGCAAACUUACUAUACUAUACUUAUAAAACACAUUGAAUGGCAUUUUCUACAAUUAAAAAAAGUAAAAAAAAAACCUGUCACCCAAUUCACAUGGUUAACAAAUUAGAGGUAAAUAGAAAAAGUUGUUUUACAGUUGAGUCAAUGUGACCUUUUUUAUAUUUUAAGAGUUAAUACGACAGUAAUCAGUUUUAUAUCCAAGGUGAAUUUUUCCCCCCGAUUUUUGGCACCCCCUGGAGGCCACAGCGUCCUUAGCAGUUAUUGUGUUUUUUCAAAAUGAAUAAAUGAUCACUGUUUCGUGGGUGAAUGCAGCCUACUAGUUAAAAAUAAUAUGCAGAAUAAGCUGGCUUAAAUGAAGCAUUUUCAAUCAUAAAAACGUCUAAAUGAUCUAACUAAAUGAACUAAAGUACAACAAAUCCAAGGCAGAAGAAGCAUUGCCAUUGUGAAUGUAGUAUUCUACAUUGGCCACUAGGUGUCGGUGUUCAGUGAGACAGGCACAGACUCCUCACAAAGGUUCCCUUGGGAACACAUUUACUGUGACACUGCUCAAGCUGGAGUUUUAUUUACUUCUUUAUUGGUUUAUUUACUUAUUUAGUCUACUACAUAGGUUCUCCAAGUGGGGUACGUGAAUAAAAAUGAAAAACAAUUAGCGCCUAACACUCACAAUUACGAGCGCACCCGAAGGCCUCACAGCACAGAGCAGAAAGAAGGAAGGAGACACGGCAUGAAGUUGUUGAUUGCUCUGUGUGGUUAUAUAAGUGAAAGCCUGUCCAUGUAUGAGCGUGUCAGGAUGACAGAGUGAAAAUGAGGCUUUAUCUCUUAAUCUGCUUGUAUGUAUUUUUCUACUUUAUCAUGUUUGUUCAACUUUCCCUUUCAAAUGAAUAUGCAGUGGAAUUCACUGAGAUUGCAAGUGACCAGGGAAGCUCCAGUUUAACCUAUUGAAAGGGAAGGAUAAAAGAUAUGUAAGACCAAUACUUACAUACUUUAUUCAUCAAAUCCACAUCUUAUGUAUAUAUCAGUGCCCAUGGAAAACUUGUAUCGAUACAACAAUUGACCGUGCACAACACACACAAUGACUUACUAUAAAAUUCAUGAACCAAUGAAUCGUGUUUAACAUUUCAGUUGAAUGAAAUGUAAAGAUGCUUUAUGGGUUUUUUUUAGUGGGGGGGGGAGGGGGGACAUGGCCUCCAAUCAAAUGUUGGAAGGGGUACGCCACUGUAAGAAGUUUGGGACCCACUGGUCUACUGGUCAUUUGAAGCUGCAUGGAAGUACGCUGUCCAGAAAAAAACAAUAAAUGUGUGAGUCUGUCAUCUUAUUUACGUCUAAUAUGUCUUACUUUCUCCAAUUCUAUCUACUCUAUUGGGUGUAAAGGUGACUGUAGGCGUGUCAUUUGAUGUUUCAUUUCAUUAGAGGGCUAAUCAUGUUAAAAAGCAUAUUGAGAAGAUUGUAAACAGGUUUU